GUGACGAGGAGUUGGCCGUGAAGAAGCUGAAGGAGUCAGUCGUUUGGAAGCGUGACACGCUGACGGGAUGGCUGGAGUCGCAAGCAGAGAGCUUGCCAACCGCAGAAACUCGAGUCAUCGCCAUCGGCCAUGAGUCAAGGCCGUUGGUGUAUUCUGGCUGUGUGAAUCAGCGGCGCGGAGAAGUUGCAGGAGUCAUCCUAGCAUGCGUUUGGCACAAGGCCCUGGAAGAUGCAGGCCCGACUGCACAGAUGGACUAUGUGCUGGAUGCUCAUGGCUACCAGCCCCUCCUGAACUUGAACUUCAUGCCUUACAUCAAUGUUGCUGGCAGCCUCAACUCCUACUUUGCCGAACGGUUCCAUCGAAUCGUGCUGCUCGACGUUCCAACAGUGAUGUCGGUGCUUAUGAAGGCCAUUCUGCCAGUUCUUCCGCAGAAGACAAGGGAGAAGCUCUUCUUCGUGCGACGGGACGAGCCGGAGUCCAUGAGUGCUUUGCACGAUCUCUGCGUGAACGAGGACAUGAAGGGGAUGAUCCAGCAACUCCUCAAGAUGAAUGGAGAGGCGACCUCCAGCGACGGCAGGGAAGCCACACAUCGGCUGACAA